GCGGUACCGCCACACUCCCUGUUGUCCAUAUAUAUCUGGGAGGCCAAAUUUGUCCAGACUUUGUGACUAGUUUGGAACAGCUAACAGUGGAAAAUGUCUCAGUACUCAGGAAAGAUCGUGUUCUAUGAGGGGAAAUGCUUCACCGGGAGGAAGCUGGAGAUCUGCAGCGACUGUGACAACUUCCAGGACCGUGGCUUCAUGAACAGGGUCAACUCUGUCCGUGUGGAGAGCGGGGCCUUCGUCUGCUAUGACCACCCAGACUUCAAGGGCCAGCAGUACAUUCUGGAGCACGGAGAGUACCCCGAAUUCCAGCGCUGGAAUUCCCAAAACGAUCACAUGGGCUCCUGCAAGCCAAUCAGGAUGCAUGGAGAGCACUACAGGAUGGAGCUGUUCGAGGGAGACAACUUCUCAGGCCAGUGUGUGGAGCUGUGUGAAGACUGCCCCUUCCUGCAGGCUCGUGGUCUGACCAAGAGCUGCGUCAACUCCGUCAAGGUUUAUGGAGAUGGAGCCUGGGUGAUGUAUGAGGAGCCUAACUACCGCGGACGCAUGUACAUCGUGGAGAGAAGAAACUACAGCACCCACAUGGAGUGGCAGGCGGAGAACCCCAGCAUCCAGUCUGUUCGCAGGGUGGCAAACUACUUCUAAAAGCCCCUCACAGUCACAGGCAAUGUGUCUGCGAGCGUCAGAUCAUCAACUGAGGAAAAACACACCCCACUGUCAAGUAAUCCCAUGCUGACUCUGUGGGGCAGUAAAAUAA